GUCCCCCAACACCAACAGCCACUCGCCAUGGACGACAACCUACUGCGGGCCUUGGCCCGGGAGCUGCAACUCAACGGGGGCUCUGCGCCUGCCAGCGAGCUGCUGCGGUACGACCGGCAGCUCCGGCAUCAACUAGGCGACCGGAAGCUUUUGAAGUUUAUUGCCCAGCAUCCAGACGUCUUUCGGGUGGAGGGCCAGGUGGUGUCCCUGCAGUCAGGCGGACGUUUGCAAGGGGACACCUCCAGGCCAGCCCAAGACACCGAGGCCGGGGGCAAAGAGGUGCCGGCGCCCACACGGGCCUUGCAGCGGGAAUGCGUCGCUGGCCUGCGAUAUGUGAUGGAGAAUCGCGGUGGGAAGUGCCCGGUGCGACUGGACUGGCUAUGCACAGUGCCGAAGGUGCGGAAUGAAAUGACGCUCUGGCUGCGGCACGGCAUGUCGCAAGGGAAAUUGCCUCAGUGCGCACCACGCUCGGAGCAGUGGUGGAAGGUGGCCAUCCCAGAGCUCUUGAAGUUCCUGCAGGAGCGCCCAGACAUCUUCGAGGUGGGGCCUUUGGGAGGUGAUGCAGAGGGCCCGGUGCGGCUGCGGAAGACUUUGGUGGGGCUGACGGAGGACUGGUGGCAGCGCACAGCGCAGAUGCACGAAGAGUGCCAGGAGCAGCUUAGGCGUCGGGUGGCGGCAGUGCUGCAGUCGUUUCAGGCAGAUCCGGCUAAGAAGCGCUUUGCCUUUCAGCUUUUGAGCGAAGUGGCGCAGGACCCAGGGGUCCAACAUUUGCUGCACGGCCGCGCUUUGGCCUCCGCGCUUGAUGACGACCGCUUCCAGGUCCGCGAAGACCCGAAGCACGGGAUCACCAUCCGCCUGGCCAGAUCUGCGAAGCCCGGCGACGCCUGUGGCCAGCGCCACCGACCCACCGCACGCCGCGAAUGCCAGACGCAGGUCUUGGUGCAAGAGGAGGGCUACGCGGCGGUGCUGGACAAACCGGCCGGCGCCACCACGGAGGAAGUCAUCGAAGAUUUCCAGGCCAGGAGCAACUUGGCGUACAAGAUUCAGAGCGUCUCAAGGCUGGAUGCACCCACCUCGGGCGCUCUUGUGGUGCCUCUUUCACCGGAAGCAGAGCUGGAGCUGAAGCAGGACUUCACUAACAGACAGGUGAGGAAGGCCUACCUGGCCCUCGCCAUCGGCGAAGCCCCAGAGCAUGGCACCAUCGACACGAAGCUGCGGUCCGUGCAGUCCGUAGAUAGGUACCGUGCCGUGGUGCAUCCCUACGGCAAGCCGGCGGUCACUGUGUUCCAGCGCCUUUGCCGACUGCCAGGCGACCAGCAUCAGGACUGCUACUCCUUGGUCUUGGCCUGGCCCUUGACGGGCCGCAUGCAUCAGAUCCGCGCCCACUUCGCCCACCUGGGCUUUCCUUUGGCCGGGGAUCACCGCUACACGCCGCGGAAAGACGCCACGGCCUGGUGUGGGGGUCGGCUCUUCCUGCACGCGGCCUAUGUGGCGGUUGGCUCCGGCUCGGGCCUGCAGGCGGUGUGUCCACUGAAGGAGGACCUCAAAGCGCCCUUGGCCGCGCUGGGCGCGGAGGACCAGCUCUUGGCUGAGCUGGAGACCCUGGAGUUCUACGAAGCCAGAGGGCCUGGAGGCAGUGGCAGUUGCUACGAUAGCUCAGACAGCAGCGACCUGGAGGCUGUUCUCUGCAAGGACCUCCAGGACCCGGACCCUGCGGACACGUGGAGGCCGAGCUUGGCAGUGCCCAAGGCGGUGGAGCCGGAGUUGCCGCCUUGUGCCGGCCCGCCUGUGCCACGCAUGCCGGGCCCCAAGCCGUGCCCAGAAGAGCCGGACUGGCCCGGCGGGAUUGUCACCCACUCGCCCAGUACAGCGGGCGCCAUGGGUGGCGUGGUGGCCACCGUUGGUUGCGCAGCGCUGGGCAUGGCCGUCGCAGGUCCGGUGGGCGCCGUCAUCGGGGGCGGCAUUGCCGCAUUGGCUGCAUCCUCUUCCAAACGCUCGAGCGUCCGUUUGCCCUCACUGGGGGUGUCCACCAUCAGCUUGCCCAGAGAAGGGAUGUGCGAGCACAACGGCGUCACCUACUUCGCAGUAGACGUGGUGCACUCCACUCGGGGCACCUGGCGAGUCAUGAGGCGUUACAACGAGUUCCGGGAGCUGAAGCGUUACGUCCGAGGGCGGUGUCGCUUCCCUAGGAAGCUGUGGUUUGGAUGUGAAGGCCCGCGGCUGGAAGAGCGGCGCCACGCUUUGGAAGUUUGGCUUCGCCACGUGGCUCUCCGCUACACGGCAAACGGCAUGCCUUGGCGUGUAGAGUCGCCGUUGCGAGAUUUCUUGGAAAGAGGCAGCAAUCAGGUCCCCGUGCCGGACGAAUUCAUCUCGGUGCAAGUGCCUCCUGGCGUGGUGCCCGGCCAGCCUCUCACAGUGACGGCGCCCGGUGGGCCCAGCUUCAUCAUCGUGGUGCCUGAGGGCGCUUCACCCGGAGCCAUGCUGCGGGUUCAGCGCCCUCCAAACACAUCGGGGGAUACACCGCUGGCGCUGGGGGACCAGAACGGCACUGCGAACAAAGUGCUUUUGAGCGUCUCUGUGCCAGCAGGCGUUCGGCCAGGACAGAUGCUGGCCGUGAAGGUGCCAGAUGGCCGGGAGCUCACAGUGGUGGUCCCUCCCGACGCCCCUCAGGAGCUGCAGUUGGAGUUCGAUGCCGCGCAGGGGCGACUGACCGUGGCGCCAACUUGCAACCCACAGACCAACUCCCAAGGCUCAGGAGGUGAAAUGUUCAGCAUCCAGCUGCCACCGGGCUCGGAGCCCGGCCGGGCCAUCAACAUUCAGGUGCCAGACGGACGAACCUUGCCCUUUACGGUGCCGGCUGGGAGGAAGUCAGGAGACCUGGUGCUGGUUUGCUUGGAUGCGACGCGCUCGGGGCUGGUGCAGGCAUAA